CCCCCCCUCACCCUCCCAAAGCCACAGUCUGAGGUUGGACACAGGAGAGCGCCCAUUCCCUCUCAUUCUUUGUGUGCGUGUGGCACAUUACACUCCAGCGCACGGUGGAUGCGAGCUUGCGUGCGCGCAAUCUGUCGUCCCAUGUCGCACGGUGCCCUGCUUUGCCGGUGAGCCAAAGGAAAAGGCUUAAGGGGGGAUCACACGCACAGUCGCUUCUUCUGCAGACCCUCUGAGUACCAGUGACGGGAACGCGCAUUACUACAACCACAACUCCUGCAGACGACGGAGCCGGAGUGACAGGAGCGCGCAAAAGGUGUGUAGGACUUGGACAAUGCAACCGAAACUGAGCUGUUAGGAGCUCUACACACAUACUCUCACACACACACGUUCACACACGGGCGCGGGCGCGCUGCAGCUGCAAGGGAAGACGACGGCGACAUGGCGAAGAAAAGCGCCAAGAUCUGAAGUUUCCGUCAGGUUAACGUGCAAUCCACCAGAACCACCACCGGAACCAAGACCAGAGUUUGUAUCCGUGCGCCACAGAGAAGGAACCUGCAGCAGAAUGUCGGUGGGUCAGAGGCGUUUGGGAGCCUGGCAGGUGCUGAUCACCAUCUCAUUGGUCAUCGCACCCCUGUCUGCACACGGGAGGCACUCAGUGAGCAAGCAUCAUCAUCAUCACCACCACAACCAAUCAUCUGUCAACAAGGAGGCCUUGAACAACCAGAUGGCCCUCAGUGAUGACUCUGCAGAGAGAGACCACCUGAUUGGAGCAGGCCUCGGGGCCAAACUUCCCGUCACCUCCAACAAACAUCACCAUUCCCGCAAACAUGCCUACCUAGACUUUAUGGAGGAAGACACGCCUGUUGUGGAGGAGCUCACCGCUGGUGGGGCCGGCCCAGACCAGCCUGGGAACCCCAUGUCCGAUGAUGUCAUCACUGUGGCGUUCCACAGCCCAGCACCAGAUGUGGUUCCCUCUGACACUUCUCUGGCCUGGGCCAAACCUCCGAAAGCCCAAAAGCAGAAAGGUGGAAACGCCACACCGUGGACCCUGUCUGACUUUUAUGACUACCUGUCCCCCGAUGAUGACCUGUCGGCGCUUGAUACAACACCAGAACCUGAGCCUACUCCUUCACCUCCACCCAACAUGGAGGAUGAGAACACACUCCUGGCUGUGACUCUUGCUCUUCCAACCAAUGUCAGGCCAAAGCUGGAGAGUGGGCCGCCCUUACCUGUCCCUGCCAUGCCAGCGCCAGACCGGGGGAACAGUCUGGAUGUGGGCGGUGCCAUGGGGACAGAUGGCUGCAGGCUGGGCUUUGUUCGCUCUGGACCAGGGGUCUGUGUGUCUCAGUGUGACCUUGAACCAAAGUUUUGCUUCAAUGGAGGAGUGUGCACGGUGGCGGCAGGAGUGGGAGCUUUCUGCAGGUGUAACACGCAGGACUACAUCUGGAACAAGGGUACGCGUUGUGACUGGGCGGUCACAGAGUUUCAGGUGAUGUGUGUGGUGGUGGGCGUGGCCUCCGUUGUGCUUCUCCUCCUCUUCAUGAUCGUUGUGUUCUUUGCCAAGAGGCUGUACCACCUCAAGAACGAGAACAGGCGCCUCCGCAAACGCAGUAAGUAUCGCCCACAGAGCACCGAGCCCCAGACCGACGGCCUCUCUGUUUCCACCACAGCUGACGGUUCUCAGCCAAACGAUGAACCUCAGAAGCAGGACGACUCAGCGAAAUCUCCUCAGCCCCAGGAAGACGGUUCCAUGAACAUCCUCAACUCUCACUCACCUAAGCAGGAAAACAACCGCCCGGUCUCUGUUGUUCAUGACCACGGCCAAACUCCCAACAACACGGAGGAAAACGCCGAGGUAAACAUGCUUCAGAACAACCUGGUGUGAGAACAGGUCCUGCAAGUGUGCUGCCGGAGAAUUAAAAAGUUUGUAUGUGCACACAGCCAACAACAUAUCAUUGUAUACAGUAGGCUAAUAAUGUUUACAUCUUGAAAAAAAACAUGCAGUGUUUUUAUACAGCAUCAAAUUCAAUAACAGGCUUCAUUUCCAAAGUUAGCACAACAUGAAUUACGAAGAAACAAUUUGAAAAGCACAAUAGUCCUGUUUACGAGGUUACCAUGCCAUUACUGGUCACACAGUGGCGCCAGCGCCUCCUUUCUCCACUCUGUCUGUUUCUCUCUGGUCUAAAAUCUCUGGCUUGGACCGGUUUAUGACUGACCCUCGCUCUCUGCUGAUGCCCUGCCUUGGUCUCUGACCAAUGAACUCUUGCUUAUUCAUUGUCUGCGCUCUUGUUUGCCCAAACCCUUGCCCUCUCUUUCCUAUGCCCUCACCCCUAGCCUCCCCUGCCUUACUGUGGCUCUCUCUCUGCUCGCAUGCAUUGGUGUUUGCAACGAAAUGUGUCUGAAAACAUAAUACUUGCAAAAGAAGUAAGUGGAAAACAAGUGAAAAUGUAUUUGAGAAAUAUUCCUGUUUGAGAUUGUUCAUAUGUGGAUAUGUCUAGAGUAUAAGAGGUGAAAGUAUUUGCUUGGAGUUGAUAUUUGAAUCUAUAUACAGUACAUAUAUGAUACAUGCCGUGUCUUGCUUUUCAAUGUAAUUUCUAAUACUUUAUUGUACUUGAGGUUCUUUUGUACUUUUUGGGUAUACAUAGUUGACAGUGGUUGGAAUAAAUCUUUUUAAUUUUAUCCUGCUUGUCCCCGUGUUUUCCUGUGAGCCUACUUCCCUUAACUUCCCCUCUAGACCUUCUUUCUUCCUUCCUGUCACUUCUCUGCAAACCUCUCUCACAAUAAAGCUUCACUUAAUAACUUCUGCUGCACUAAUAAUACCUCCAGCAUGGCUGACCCUGCUUCAACAGUGCAACAGUUGGCAACUAAGAGAUUUUUACCAGGCACAAGUGGUGACCGUGUGACUUUUCAGCACCAUGGACAGUGUCCCAAGAGUAAAAAGAUAUUUAAAUACUUUACAAUACAUUUAAUCAAAAUUUCUUUGAAAAUAUGUAGGCCGAUAAAUAUAAACAAACACAUGGAGACUAACGGUAAGUUGAUUUGCAGGGAAAUGAUCAAGAACUUUAUGUUAAAUCACAAUUUUUAUUUGCUUUAUAACUAUACCUUUAUGAUUGUUGCAUCAUUUUUACAUGCCUUAUUUCUGAAUCAGGAUGGAGUCACUAUUGGGCUGGAGGUGCUUCUCCCCAAAGAGGCCAAGCGCCACCCAGAGACCAGCCAACCCCUUCAAUAUGAUGUCUUCCUCUACAAAUAUACUAACAAUGGAGACUCUACCUCUCCUAGCCAAAUUCUUGCCCCUGUAAACUCUUACACUUCCUCUCAGCAUAUUUCCAAAUCACCCAAGCCAACAAAGUCACCUAAGAUGUCUAAGUCACCCAAAUUACCCAAAAACACCAAGGAGUAUCGACUUGCUAACCAUGAGCCCUUGUCUGCAAAGCGGUCCUCACCCAACCGUCAGUCCUCUGCUGCCCGUCAUCCAUCACCCAUUCGCCAUUCAGCACCUGAGUUCUUCUCAUCCUCGACCUGCCAUCUGCCCUCUCACCACUCUCAGUCCCAGUACAAGUGCAUGCCCAAAUCUGCCUCCACCCCACCCCAAAUACGCCUGCCCAGAGGUCGAUCUCGAGCUUCCGACUCCAGGGAGCACAACAGCAGACACAUUCAUCCAUCUCCCUCCUCACCUCAUCUCACCCAGCCUCCUCCAUCACCAUCAGCCGCUGGGAAGUACAGUCCAGUCAGCACUCGAUCCCUACCACCACUCUCCUGACCGGACCUUCACCUACUUUAGUUUGGCCUUGCAACCAUAAAUUCAGGCGAACAAACAUUUGUCAUGUUCUAAUCUGUGCACUGAUAUGUCCAUCGUGGCUCUAACUGUGUUCAUAGUGAUUUAUACAACCAUAGUUCAUCCAUCACCCUUGUUUGUACCUGCUUUGCUAGAUUUAUACCGAGAGGAUGAAUGAAGCACCUGCCCCUGAUCCACAGAGCCAGUGAAACUGUGUAUUCACCACUGACCUUUAUGAAACUAAAUUCUAAAACCACUGUGUCGUCACCACACAGUCACAGACACCUUAGAGUAAUUCAACUCUUAAAACUCAGGUUAUUGCACUCAUGAACACAAAAUAGAAUUAAACCACAACAUGCAAACCAACUCUCUUUCUCUCAUGACGUUAGUGCCAUACAACAAGUUGAAAUGUUUAAAAAAAGUUUAAAGGUUUUAUAGAACGUUUGUAACAUAACCUAACACUUUCCAUUACGUUUAUAUAAAUGUGUUGCAUUUUUCAGUGUUAUUGAAAAUAUUUUGAUAUGUUUUUACAUGUUUCUAACCCAUAUUAAAUUGUGAAAUGUCAAAAAUGUGCAGUUAUGGAUUCAGAAUUGUGUGGAAAGCUGAAUGAAAUAAAGCAAAAACUAUUAAGAAGACGAAAUACAACAAUAAUUUAGAUAUUUAAUGUUCCCUAGAGCCAGAAAAUACAUCAAAAGUCUCUGUCACACCCUUGUGGGCAGAGUGUGUAUUGCGAGGCGUUUCUUGCUGUAAAAGUAACUGGUAAAAAUUUGGUUCUUUUUUAUAUAUAUUUUUUUCAUUCGAAAUAAAUUUGGGAUAGAGUUUUAACAACAAUAAUUUACUAAAAAAAUAUUAAUAUGUUUGUCUAUUGAAAAUAUAUCGGCCGUUAAUUCAAAUAUACAGUCAAAGAUAUCAAACACGUCAUCAGUUAUCACGUCACCUGAGGACGGCAAGGUAUGUUUAAUGUCAGAGUCAGGGGAAUUACAGCAGAAUUUGAAGUGCAGUAGAAAUCUUUUCGAAAUUGGGUGCGUUUAAUUUAAUUACAUCGUAAUAAAAUUUGUGCAAUUCUAAGAAAUAAAUCUGUAUGUAAUUCCACUGAUUUGCCUUAGAGGAAAUUUAAACGAUUAAAUAUUUGUACAGUAAAGUAUUAUUAACAUUUAAUGGAUCAUUUGAUCAAUCUUUACUGCGCAACCGCGUGUGCCUAAAUGCAGUUCCAACUUAUGCCACUGUAGGCCAGUGUUGCACCACCGUCCAGUGGUCGCUGCUACUGUAAAGGCAGAUCGGAGCAGCAGGCACAGUGAGGCCACUGAUCUGCAUCUUCAUUAGCAUUCCCUGAGCCGACUGAGGGACUGUGUGCUGAAUCAACAUGAUGCUGUGAUAACUGAUCAUUUCAUCAUAGUCCACAGUUAUCUGCAGCAGUCUCAUGUUUAUCACACAAGAUCUGCAGGAAAGACGAGUGCUGCUGAGAUAAGGCACAGGUUUAAAGCCGUGUGUGUGUGUGUGUGUGUGUGUGUGUGUAACCAUGUAAUCUGCUGGGCUGAUGAUACAUCAGCUUAAAUCAGUAGGUGAGAAAGUGAGGUUCUCUCUGAGGGAUGCAACUUUUGCAGCGUUAAAACUUGCCUCUGGGGUUAAAGUGUUUAGUGGUGAUUGUUAGGUUUGUGGUUAGGCGCUUGGGGCAUCCCAUUAGACCCCUGCCAACAUUACUAAUAAUGUGUAUGUGUGUGCGUACUGUAUUUGUGGUUUAGCUACAAAUUCAUUACUGUCUCUUUAA